CUCUUACUCAUAGAGGAAAUCUGAUCUGCUGCAGUACGGAAACAUCAGCAAUGACAUGGUGAGACAAAUUCCUUAGGGAGCUGCCUGUUUUGAAGCCAAGUGUUCAUGAUAUGAUCCAGCUGACUUACAGGAAUCAACAACCCCCUUGUGAAUAAUGAUUAAAAACGGAUCCCACCUGGAUGCUUUGACGCUGGCAAUGCUCCAGAAUAAAACUGUCUCCAUCACUCUCCCAGUUGUGUAUACAGUGGUGGCUCUGAUCAGCAUCCCUGGCAACUUGUUCUCCCUUUGGGUGCUCUGCUGGCACAUUAAACCCAAAACACCUUCUGUUAUCUUCAUGAUCAACCUAAGCAUCACGGAUCUCAUGCUGGCCAGCUGCUUUCCUUUCCAGAUUUCUUAUCACUUUCAAAGCAAUCACUGGAGCUUUGGCAAGACUCUUUGCAGCCUUGUGACUGUGAUGUUCUACUCCAACAUGUAUUCUUCCAUACUGACCAUGACCUUUAUCAGCAUUGAGCGGUACAUGGGUGUGGUAUACCCCAUGAAGCUGAUCAAGUGGAGAAGAAAAAGAUAUGCCUUUGCUGCCUGUCUAGCUAUGUGGAUUUUCUUGCUACUAGCCUUGUACCCAUUAGAAAGCACAGAUCUGACCUAUGAAGUGAAAGAAUUGGGGAUUAUAACCUGUUUUGAUGUCCUAAAAUGGGAUAUGCUGCCCAACUUUGAAGCCUGGGUAGUCUUUCUCCUCACCCUAUUUGUUGUCCUCUUCCUGAUCCCUUUUGUUGUAACAGUUGGAUGCUACAUUGGCAUCAUUCGGAAGCUAAUUCAGACAUCGAACAGAUAUGGUAAUAAGCAGAAGACUAGAUCCAUCUACCUGGCGACAAUUGUCCUUCUGGUGUUCAUCACUUGCUUUGCCCCCAACAACUUUAUCCUACUUGCACAUAUGAUCAUCCGCCUAUUUUAUGAGAGCAGUUUGUACCCUGCCUACAAGCUCACCUUGUGCCUCAGCUGCUUCAACAACUGCAUAGAUCCCUUCAUUUAUUAUUUUGCAUCCAAAGAAUUUUACCAGAAAUUCAUGCAAUUGUUUCGCCCAAAGGUACUGCUCAGCGACAGCUUAGAAACCAGAAGGGAAAGUUUAUUCUCUGGCAGGACCAUGUCAGCCAGGUCAAUGUCAAGUGGACCUAUGGAUGGGUUAGAGGGAGUAAAAGUCUAUUUGCAAAGGCAGGAAAGUGUUUUUUAGCUUUAGACAUCCCCAGAAGAAAGACAUGUGAGAUUCAUGAGUAAACAAAGAAGAUAUUUCCUUUUGAAUGGCUACUCUCAAAAUACCUGGCUUUUGUGACAGAACUCAAUCUGUACUUACAUUGCACAUUCUACUCCAGUGUUUUCUGGUAAGAAAUGGAAGCCUUAAAGGAAUUGAGUUUAUUCAAGAAGGCACUGAAGCAAACUCAACAUUAAUAAUUAGGAGUUGGCUUGGAAGUAGCCCUACCACACGAGACCAAGGGAUAAAUUUAGGACAAAAGUUACUCUCAGGUUGUACAAUAGGGUUUAACCAAAGACUUGUGAUUCUCUGUGAAUGUGAACUAUUACUGUACAUGAAUUACAGCAUACACUGAAGCUGGGUUUGGGGCAAGGGGGUUGUUUUUCUAAGCAACAUGCUCGGCUUUGGGUUAUUGGGGGGCUUUUUGUUUGUUUUGGUUUUUGGGGUUUUUUUAUGUAUUGCUUUCUCUCUUGUUGUAUUUCUAUAAAAGAAUGAAUAAAAGUAGCAUGUCAUUUUACCAUUAAUUCAUAAUGCAUAGCCACUGUGAAUUCACAACAACACUCACCCAACAGUUUAGCAGAACCAAACCACACUGACAUUUGAAAAGGAUAGAUUGACUCAUACUAUUUAUUUCAAUUUUAUACAGCAAAAUAUCUCUUGCAAUGAAAGAAA